UACACACAGUGUAUAUGUCAAUCGAGAAUCCGAGCUUCACCUCCAUUUUUCAACUCACUUUCACUCUCACUCACUCUCAUCGUUUUCACUUCCUCACCUCAUCCCGAUCGCACACGACCAGUUCACAGUCGUCGCGUCACAAUGGUGAGGACACGGCCUCGCAACAAAACAAAACGGAUCGCCGUCAUAGACUACGGCUCCGACGGCGAGCCGCCCGAGGUCCACGACGACUCGGACGACGAAAAUUUCGAGGCGCCGCCGCCGGACCCGGAGGACGAUGAAGACGACCCCAUGGACGUCGAUGGCGGCGACGACGACUUCGAGGCCGAGGACCCUUCCCAGCUCGUCAUUGACGUCAACGGCAAUAACGAUGACGAAGACGAGCGGCCCGCCUACACGAGCUCUGCCGGCCUGAGGAAAAAGCCGACGGACAUGGCCGCCUUGGGCACUUAUCACGCUGAUGGGCGGCCCACGAGGCACUACACCGGCGCUCUGAAGCGGGGCCAGCGCAUCCAGGUCCUCGACUUCUUCUAUGGGCCCCAGGAGGAGGCUGUCGGCGUUGCGAGCUGGCUGCUGAACCGAUGGGCAGGGUACCCGGUCCUGCCGAGCAAGUUGCCCGACGGGCCCGCGCCUCCGGUGCCAAGUCCGUGGCUGGAGCCCGGGUUCGUUGAGGACCAAGACCGCGCCGCGAAAUCGUGGUUUGCGAGGUUAGGGGGCGGCGAGGGAGCGAGCCGGGGGGAGAGGGAGAUGAGCACGGAGGAGGCCGCGCAGUACAGGCUGGAUCCUGGCGGCCACUUGGUUUCCGUGAUCGGGCCGUACCCGGAUCAGCAAGAGGUCGAUAUCGCACCCUACGGCGGUGUCGCGCUCACCAUGUCAGGACUACCCUUGACGGACGAAAAGGCCGAGGAGGAGGAGAAGGCGGCGGGGUGGAUGUUUGACGUGGGCGGCAUCGUCAUCGGCAUGGACUGGGCCAGGAGGACGGAGCAGGAGGCGCAGGUUCUCGCGCUCGCUGUCAUCCCGCACACGGACCAGCAGCUGGAUCUCGAAGAUGCGUACGACGAGAAAAAGGGCAUCGUCCAGCUAUGGGAGCUCUGCGGCCAGAAGGGCGACGACGGCAUCACGAGACCCCUCGGUCGGCCGGCACGCCUUGCUAGAACUGUCUGCUUCGACUGGGGUAGAGUCCUAAGGCUCAAGUGGUGCCCAACCCCUUACCGAGAGAACGGCGCCAUGGGCCUUCUUGCGGUUCUUUGUGGUGACGGUCAGGUUUACAUCGUCGUAGUCAAGGACAUUGACAACGAUGAACAGGAUGCUUUCACAAAACUUGAAACCCCCGUUGUAUCUCUCGGACUCCCCGCCGAGACCGACGUGACGGCCACGUGCUUCGCUUGGGUCAACACGAACCGCAUCGUUCUCGGCCACUCGGACGGCUCCCUUACCCUCUGGUCCUUCUCGCCGCGCAUCCUCCUCGCCCGCCACGACGUCCACUCGACGCGCGUCAUGCACAUCGACACGGCGUACCCUUCCGACCCGUAUCUCGUCGCGUCGACGCCUGUCGCCGGCUACACGACGCUGGUCGACCUCUCUGACCCCUCGUGCGAGCGCACCAGCUUCCCCUGCUUCGCCAUCACGCCGCAGCCGAACCUACUGCAGUGGCAGGACCACCUGCGAGGCUUCUUCACCGUCGUGCCGUCGGCGAACCCGCUCAACGCGUCCGUCGGCUUCGUGCACUCGCGGUGGUACGCGGCCCAGGUGCGUAAGGCCAUGGACGGCGACCGCCUGCCGACGUGCCUCGCCGCCGGGCUGCACCACCCCUUCGUGCUGGUCGGCUACAUGGACGGCACCGUCUGGGCGGCGAACCCGUCCAACCGCAUCUUUGCCUCAAAGCACCACUUUGGCCACAAGAUGAAGGUCGUUGACCACCAGUACAUCCCCCGCGCGCGGCUCGCCGGCCCGGUGCUGGAGCGGGUCGGCGGCGAAGGCGGUCCCUGCCGCGGCGCGUCGAGGAUCCUGCAGGGCUUCCGGCCGGUUCCCAACGUCAACCCCAAGGUGGACACGUGGAAGACCAAGGGCGCCAUCGGCAAGAAGAAGGAUAACAAGAAAGGGAAGGGCAAGAAGGCCAAAAGCAAGGCUAAAGGCAAGGGCAAAGACAAGGCCGGGGCGGAAGACGACGAAGACGACGACGCGGACGUGCAGGGCGGCGCGGAGGAGGGGGACGGGCACUUUGCGGACCCCAAGCGGGCGGUGCUCUCGGAGCCGCUGACGCGGAUCACGACCAUGGCGUGGAACCCGAACGGGGAGUACUCGUGCUGGGCGGCGGUGGCGAUGGCGUCGGGAUUGGUCAGGGUGAUGGAUCUCGGGUUGGAAUGCUAGGAGAUGGCGAGCACCAGAUCGCCAGGGGUCGUUGGGGCGAGGCAUACGCGUGAAAAAUGAUACCCUUUAUUUAAACCACACAAAACACAUCUAUAUAACGUCUCUAUUCGUGGACACAUUAAACCCUUCCCCUCACCCACGGGACAAUGACAAGACAACAGCAACAACCACAAUAGAUUGUGCGCCAGGCGCCGGGAAAUAGGCUACAAGCAAAGCGACCCGCGGACGGUGUGGUGAUAGUCAAAGGCCUUGGCCAUGCCGUACAGAUGCGUCGCGGCAGCGGCGACGACGAAGAAGUGGAAGAUCUGGUGGGAGCUGCCCCAGAUGUCAAAGGUCCCCGGGAACGACCGCUCGGGCCAGCGGACGGCGUACAGGAAGGCGCCGAAGAUGUACAGGGCGCCGUGCAGGACGACCCAGCUGAGGCUCAUGCGGGCCUCCAUCUCGGCGCGGCCGUAGAGGGCGGCGCCGUGGAGGACGGGCACGACGC